AUGGUACUUGAUCUCAAAUCCAACGACUAUCAAGAGUACGUGGAUGUUUAUGAUAGUAAUUGUGAAAUUUAUUUAUUAAAAUACACGAAAAAUAAUGAAAAUUCGGUCAAAGUUCGUGAGAAAGGAAACAAACUGCAGAACAGCAAGGAACACAAUGACAAGGUGCACCAGGAUAUCUGGCGUCUCUAUACAAAAAGUAUAGCUCUAGCUUCGCCCGGAUCCGAGGAAUUAGCUCUGGCUUACGGUAAUCGAAGCUAUAUCAUGCUGCAUCUCGCUAAAUUUGACGAGUCCAUCAAAGAUAUCGAGCGAGCUCUGCUCGUGACGAGAUCCGACGGUCUCAAAUGUAAACUUUUGUGCAGAAAAAUGACUUGUUUGGCUUCGAUCGGUAGCAGAAGCGAAGAAAAGCAAUCAACUUGGUAUGAUAUUCAAAAUAUUGUCGUUAAAAACCACGACCUCAUUUCAACUAAUGUAAAGUUAGCUAACGCAAUAGAGAGUGCAAAAAAACUCGUUGAUCAAGACUUGAGUAAAGUCGAUUUCAGCGAAUCGGUGAGACGCCAUAUGGAAGACAGAGUUUUAACUAAAAUCCAAAGUGACGGAAAAAAAUCUUGCUUGGUUGCAACUCAGCUCAUUAGACCAGGUGAAACAUCCGUUGUGUCGAGAAAAUUUUAUCUGACAGCGCCGAACAGCAAAAAAUUUUACGCCUACUGUGCCCAUUGUCUGGUCUUGGUAUGGACGGCCAUACCCUGCGACCGUUGUCGAAUAAGCAUGUAUUGCUCGGAAAGCUGUAAAAAUAAUGCUUGGCGUGAAUAUCACGACGUCGAGUGCGCCGUUUUGCCGCAUUUGCAGUGCAUUCGAGAUAAUUUAUAUUAUUAUCAGGUGAUGGCCCUCAGGGCUACGAUAAAAGCAAUCAGAGAGUUUGGCGGAGUCGCAGCCCUUAGAAGAGAAUCACUUUCUGGUUUCGAUAUAAAUUUCGAUGACACGAGCUUUGCAAGUUUUUACAAUCUGAACAGUGAAGUCGUGUCAAAUUUUUCAAAAAAUAUUAUUAAAUGCACGUGUCACUUGCUCGUGAUGCUGGUCAAGUCGACUGAUUUUUUGGUCGAGAAUUCGUCCAAGUUUAGCAGCUCUGAACUGGCAGCCAAUUCCGACAUCACCUUCAUCACUGGGCUUAUCUAUAAAUGCAUCGCUAUAUCUUCGCUCAAUGCCUAUUACGUGGCAGCGAGCGGGACUUGUGAUCAUUACGAAGACCCUAAUUUGUGCUUGAAAAAUCGUUGCUGCGCCCGAGGUGUAAUCGUCUGCCCGUUAGCUUGUUUAAUGUCGAACGAUUGCAACCCUAAUGCAGAACUUUGUUUCACCGAGGAUUGCAAGCUCGUUUUUUUGUGCACUCUAUCAAUUGCCAAAGACAAUCAAAUAAGCAUCAGCUAUUUCGGCACUUUUUACGAUGUCAACCUGAUGGAUCGACAAGCGCGGAUGCGCAUCGAAAAGUGCCGAAGUGAAUGUAACUGUCAAGCUUGUAAAGAAGCUUGGCCUUCAAUGAAAGAUCUCGCGAGGUUCAUCGUUAAUUUAAAUGGAAUUAAAAGCUCCUACGAAGCGCUUAGCGAAGAGAUUAUGUCCAAGUGGAAAAGUUUGAUAGAAUAUUUGGAAGCCAGCGAAAAUUUUGCGCCAAAAGAGCAAGAUUUAGUGGCUUUUGGGCAAGAUGUGCAAAAAGUCAUUGAUGUUGUUGGUCAACCACAUUUUCUGACCACGACCCUGAUCAUUUAUUUGAUUAAAAUUUUUAAACGACUAUAUGAGAUAAAGAGAAUUGUUGUACCAAAUAAAUGUUGGUAA